AUGUGCAGCCAUAAGCAAUCAAAAGAAGAAGAGGCGGUCACUGAUGGGGUUAAAACAAUGACCAAUAUUCAGCCCACCGUAGCAAUGAAGACCUCUACUAAUGAAGAUAAGGUCGUCCUCAGAGGAACCAUGAGGGUUAAGGUUUCUGGCAACAAGAAUCAGUACAGAGAAGCCAGAUUACUGAUUGACUCGGGGAGUGACAUCAGUUAUAUUAGAGAGGAAUUUGCAGAAGAGCUUCAUUUGACUCCGAUUGGGAAGAAAGUCUUCACAACAGAAGUAUUUGGAGGUGGAUAUGAUGUGUGCGAGAGAAAGCAGUACAACGUGAAGUUAGAAGGCCUACCUGCAGGGAAGAAUAUGCUAAAGAAGACGGAGGAAGUACCACUUUUUAGUGCAAGGACAAUUUGUGGCGACUGUGCUCCAAUUCCCGUUGGCCCUUGGAUAAAAGAUUUGCUAAAGCUGAAUGUUGUCCUUACAGACACUUACGUUGAUUCUCACAACAUUGACAUCCUGAUCGGCUCCAAUUUAAUAGGAAGACUUGUAACAGGAAAGAUGGUCAAAUUGAAUACAAGUGUGAUCGCAACCGAAACAACCAUUGGGUGGUACCUGAAUGAAGAGCUGCCGAAACAGGAGAGUCAGACCUUGGCAGCCAGAAGUAUUGUUAUGUGCACCAGAACCAAGGAAUUAUCAGCUUUAUGGGAUCUGGACACUCUUGGAAUUAGUGAUACAAUACAGAAAGCCACUCAAGAUGAGCAUGAAGCAAAAGUUAAAGAAGAAUUUCAGAAGAACUUGGAGCGGGACAGGGAUGGACGAUAUGUCGUUAAACUGCCGUGGCUUACCGAGUCGAUGAGAAUCCCGGACAAUCGAAAUGUUGCUAUGAAGAGACUCGAAUCCACUUCGACCAGAGUCGUGACAAAAGGUGAAUUCGAAAACUACGACAACAUUUUUCGGGCUUGGGAGAAAGAAGGUAUCAUCGAGCGUCUUGAUCGAGAAGAAAAGCCCACAGGACAUUAUCUCCCUCACCGGCCAGUCUUUAAGCCAGAAAGUCUGACCACACCAGUUCGACCCGUCUUCGACGCGUCGUGUAGAGUUGGAAAUUAUCCGUCAUUGAACCAAUGUCUCGAGAAAGGCCCAAAUUUGCUGGAAAUAAUUCCGAAAAUACUUAUCAGGUUCCGGGCAAAGAAGGUGGGAGUCAUUUCAGACAUCCGUAAGGCUUUCCAGAUGAUUGGAGUGAACCAAGAGGACCGGAAGUUUCAACGUUUCUUGUGGUGGAAAGAUUUUGAAGCCAAAGUAGUGCAAGAAUAUCAACAUUGUCGUGUGGUAUUCGGUAUGAACUGCAGCCCGUUUAUCCUUGCUGCUGUUCUAGAAUUUCAUCUCCUGCAUUUACCAGAAGAAGAAAAGAAGACAGGGAUGGAACUUUUGAGGUCGCUGUAUGUCGACAAUUGUGUGACUUCCUUUGAAUCAAUUAGCCAAUAUACGAAAUUUAGAGCCGAGUCAACAGCAAUUCUCCUCCACGCUAAGAUGGAUCUUCGCGAAUGGGAGUCCAACGCGGAUGAUAAGAUGGAACGAGAAGUGACGUCGGUGCUGGGCUAUAAUUGGGACAAGUCAAAGGAUGAAAUGUUUUGUGAUCUUCCACUCCACUUGGGAAAAGAAGACUUGAACGUAACUAAGAGGACCGUGCUAUCCAUCGCAUCUCAAGUAUUUGAUCCGAUCGGCUUCACCUCCCCCACCGUGCUCCAAUUGAAAAUUAUGUUGCAGGAGGCGUGGGCUCAAGAUUUGAAAUGGGAUGAGUUAUGGGGUACAGAAGCCAUCAACAAAGUGAAGACGUGGUGCGAGGAGGCACGAGUAUUAAGCAAGAUCAGAAUUCCAAGAUGGGCAGUAGGAAGUAUUGAUGACCUGGAGCUUCACACAUUUACAGACGCCAGCCAGAACGCUUAUUCAGCAGUGGUGUUUGCCAGAUCGACCAGAGAGAGUAAUGUGUGUGUCCAGCUAUUGAUGGCGAAGUCCAGGGUGGCGCCAAUGAAGAAAGAAGAUCCCAAGAAGAAUAACAAGAAAAUAACAAUUCCUCGAUUGGAACUUAUGGGAUGUUUGAUUGGUGUAAGAUUAGCAAAUACAGUGAACAACGCCCUCGGAUAUGAAGAUGUGAAGAGUUACUUCUGGAGUGACUCAACAACAGCGUUACAGUGGAUUCGGCGAGACGAGAUAUGGAAUACUUUUGUGGGCAAUCGUAUUAAGGAAAUAAAUAAGAAUUCCAAUAAAGAAGACUGGAGACAUUGCCCCGGAAAGCAGAAUCCGGCAGACCUUCCGUCUCGUGGGUGUUCUCCGACCGAGCUGUUGAAUUCGAAGUGGUGGGAUGGACCAGCAUGGUUGAAGUUGUCAAAAGAAGCUUGGCCCCCCAUAAAAGAAGAAAGUGUCGUCGAGGCUUUGGUGCAAGAAGAGAAGAAGAAGUCUAAUCUGACUUUAAUCUCGAGACACGACUCCCCCAUUUUCAGCACCAAGUUUGCAUCGUAUCAGAAGAAUUUAAGAGUAUUGGCGUAUAUUUUGAGGUUCGUGGGAAAAGGAGCAGUCAAGAAACCUUAUCCUAAAUUCGUGACGCUGCCCGAACUCAGAUUUGCAGAGGUAAUACUCAUCCGUGUAUUACAACGUCAAUAUUUUCCUGAUGCGAAGAAAGUGCAACCAAGAGUUAUUUUGAUGGAGGACAAUUUGCUGCAUGUCCGGACCAAGUUAGAAUAUUCCGACGACAGCGAUGGAUUCCGAUUUCCGAUGCUGCUACCUGCAAAAUGUCAAUUAGUUCAGGAGCUCAUCAGAGAGAUGCAUCGAUUUCACGGGCACGGAGGAGUGCAGUUUACGGUUGGAAAACUCAGGGAGAAAUACUGGAUCCAACAAGCUAGAAAAACUGUCACUCAAGCAAUCAGAGGAUGUGCCAAUUGUAGAAGAUUUGAUGCCAAACCCUUUCAAGUUAAUCCAGUGGCGUUACCAGAGAAGCGUGUCACCGUGGGCGAAGUAUUCAGUACCACUGGCGUCGAUUUAGCGGGACCGCUUUACCUCAAUGACGGAAAGAAGUGCUGGAUUGUGCUAUACACAUGUGCAGUGUACCGCUGUGUCGAGUUGGACAUCGUGGAAUCUCUUAGCACAGAAGCUUUCCUCAACAGUUUAGAGAGAUUUCUUCAUGCACAUGGACGCCCCUCCACAAUUUAUUCAGAUAAUGGGACUAAUUUUGUGGGAGCGAUCAACUUAUUUAAGAAGUUGGACUGGGCCAAGAUCGAGAAUCAGUGCAAUGUGAAGAUGAUUCAAUGGAUCCUCAAUCCUCCUACCGCAGCCUGGUGGGGAGGAUGGUGGGAACGUCUGGUGAGAUCCGUUAAAGAUUUGCUCAAGAGGAUGCUGCAGAAGGCAAAGUUGACCAGAGAUGAAUUAGCGACUUUCCUUGCUGUCGUCGCAUCGACUAUUAACGAAUGGCCCCUCACUACAGUGAAUGAAGACGGUGACGAUCUGAUCCCUCUGACCCCAGCUAUGUUUUUGAAGGGGACUAAGAUGUCACGAUUCCCAGAAGUUGAGUUCAUGACGGGAAGAGAGCUGCAGAUCAGAUUCAAACAAAUAAAGAAAUUACAACUGCAGCUACAAACAAGAUUCAGAAAAGAAUAUUUGGCUGAGCUGGUGCAAAGGGCUAGCGAGAAGAAGACGCCAGACCCGAAGAUCGGAGACAUCGUUCUUGUCGGUGCGGACAAUAAGAAGAGAUGGGAGUGGCCCCUGGGAAAAAUAGUGGAGUUGUUCAAAGGGAAGGACGGCGAAUGCAGAUCAGCUAUUGUCCAGACCAGUAAAGGACUUUUACGCCGCCCAGUACAGCGUCUCUAUCCUUUGGAGGUGCCCCAUGGAGACUCCGACCGAACCGAUCGUCGACCACCAGUGAAAGAGAAGAGCUAUCAAGAAGAAGUCGAUGAGACUGAAGAAGAUCCGGAAGACAACACGAGUCAAGAUCAACCGGAAGUUACUACCAAGUUUGGACGCCGAGUAAUAAGACCAGUGCGUUAUGGGAAGUGGAAUGAGUAA